AUGAAUGAGGAAAUGGAGGCUUUGCAUCGAAAUAUACCCUGUGAAAUUACAAAUUUGCCUUCUAAUCAGAAACCCAUGGGGUGUAAAUGCAUAUACAAAAUUAAGUAUAAAGCUAAUGGAGAGGUAGAAAGGUAUAAUCCAGACUUGCGGCUAAAGGUUAUAGUCAGAAAGAAGGCUCCUAGAAAAAAUAAAGGUGGUACUAUUGUUGUUUUGCUUGUGUACGUUGACGAUAUUGUUAUAACAGGAAUUGAAGUUAUUGAUAAAUUUGAUGGAAUUUGUUUAACUCAACGCAAGUAUUGUUUGGAAUUAAUUCAUGAGUUUGGGAAGUUACCCUAUAAGCCAGUUAAAACUCAUUUAGAUUUAAAUUUUAAUAUUUCUAAAAAAGAAAUUGAUGAUAAGGAUGUUUCGUUAAGUAAUAUAACUGAAUAUCAAAAACUUAUAGGCAAGUGA